CCUCUUGUUUUCUUUCAAUUUAAGCAAGUUGAACCUCUGACAUCGUCACCUCAAUUUCACUCUAAUCAGGGAUUCCGCAGAUCCAUUUAAUUUCAAAACUUUAGCCCAACCCAUUAGUUUUUCAAGGGUUAAAUGGGAUGUUCAGUACUGCUUCGGAUCCUCUUUUCUUCAGUUAAUCUCUGUUCUGCUUCCAUUGUUUGCGGAGGCGGCAGUGUUUACCAGGCCAACUGCAAACGCCUCUCCACCCAAAUCACCUCAAGCAAGAAGGGGUUUAAUUCUGGGUUCUACAAUGAGUGUCGGCCAGAGCCCCAAUCAGGUCAACGCAGUUGGACUCUGCAUAGCAGAAGUAAACCAGGGUGCUUGCAUAAGUUGUCCGAACAACACCAUCUCCCAACUCCAGGAGAACUGUAAUAAUAACACAGAGGCGGUUGGAUGGUCGGAUCUCUGUAUGGCGUGCUACUCAAGUCGAGAUAUUUUCGUGGCCGAGGAAACCCUGCCUGAUUAUUUUAUUCCAUCUUAUCAAUUUGUGUCCAACGUUAAUCAACUCAAUGUGACAUUGAAUUCCUUGCUGGAAGAUUUGACCAAUCGUGCCGCCGCCGGAAGCAGGCAUGCGGCGACGGAUCCGACCGACCUUAUCAAUAUCGACGCGUCUGUACAAUGCAGCCCUGAUCUGUGCCAGCAAGAAUGCAGAUUGCAGAAAUUGUCUGGAGACUGCCCGCGGAAAGAUUCAGCGAUACUGCUAUGCGAGGAUAGGAUGUAGAAUUCUACAACCCAGCUGUAUAUUGAAAUAUGAGGCCGAGGAUGGUUUAUCUCGGCCACCACGGCCACCGUCUUCACCUCCUCGUCCAACACAAGGUAGGGUGUACGCUCGCUAUUCCAACUUUA